UCUUCGCCCUUAACGAAAAGGUCUUACGCAGCCUCUAGGGUUUUCUUUAGUUUCGCAGCGGCGCCAAGCCAUGACCGGGAAGGCGAAGCCCAAGAAGCACACGGCCAAGGAGAUCGCCGCCAAAGUCGACGCUGCCACCACCAACCGAGGCGGGGGCAAGGCCGGCCUGGCCGAUCGUUCGGGGCUCGAGAAGGGUGGUCACGCCAAAUACGAGUGCCCGCACUGCAAGAUCACUGCUCCUGAUGUCAAAUCUAUGCAGAUUCAUCACGACUCUAAGCAUCCCAAGAUUCCCUUUGAAGAGUCCAAGCUGGUGAAUCGCCAUACCAACCAUCCCUCUGAGUCCUCCAAACCUCGCCCUGGCGUCAGGGGAAGCUUGAAGAAGUGAAGUUUCUUAUUAAUAUUCUUUUAGUUGGUGAUUUGGGUCAUUUUGGUUCUGGGAUUGGUUUUUUCUCUUUACUUCUGUUGUCUGCAGUUGUUGUGAUGGUAGUAACGAUAAACAGAGCAAGAAGUGGGUUUGUUCUUAACUUCUUCUAAAGCUCCCUGUUUGAUGUAUGUUAUCCAUCUUAGUGUUAACUUAAGAUGGAAUUGGUGAUGUUAUAGCAUCUUAAUUCAACUAUUUGUGCAAUUAUUGGUUAAUUGCUCUUUAAUUUUGAUG